AUGUGCUGCUCUGGUGGUCCUGGUGGUAUUAGAUUGACCAGGUGUGGCGUGGUUUGUGGAAUUGCAGCGCUCGCAGCUUUAAGCACGGCGCUUUUGGGUCCUGCUUGGCUUCACACCGAGGAGAAACUGAUUCUUCCAUACUUACCACGCAACUUCGCCAACGUAGUGAGCGUACGUUUCAAGCUGGGUCUCUUUAGGGUCUGCCCGAAAAUCGUGAAACCUGCCAACAUAACAGUCCAUAUUCCUACGCCGCCCUGUACGUAUAUAAGAUACAGUAGUCUGGAGGAUGUUAAGUCGUCGGAGUUAGGAUUCCUUCAGCUGGAGUUCACGCCCACCGUCGUAUCUAAAAUAAGAAUUUCAGCACCGUUUCAAGUAGCUGCUGUGGUACUGGUCCUCGCAGCCACGAUCUCAGCUUUAAUUGGGCAUUGCAAUUCGGAUCAUCGAACUCUGAUCGCCUGUGGACUGUUCCUGCUCAGUGGACUCUCGUUAGGCGGUGGUCUGAUAGUCCUAGCGUCUGCUUUAUCAGAUGCAUCGCUUGAGGUGCCGAGAAAAUACAGUCUGCCUUCUACGUCUAGCAUGCAAGCCGAUGACAAUGGUCUGCCACAGUAUCAAUACGGCUGGUGUCUUGAGCUGUCAGGGUUGGCUUUGAUUCUGGCGGAAGUGGCGGCUGUUCUGACCAUGUCUGGAUAUAUGGCACGUUUUUCGACAGUGGAAGAAAUGGUGAGAGUGAUGGUACCUGGUGCGGAAAGAAAAUUGAGAGAACAAAGGGGUCUGAGUUCAGAGUACCUAGUCAGAGCUCACCAGAAGUCGCCUGGACCUCCGCAAGCUCGAGUAUUCGGUCAAUCCUCAAAAACAUCUCAGAGAGUUGCCGAAGAAGACACGUCUCUCUUAUGCAAAUCUGCGCCUGAUAUCUGUGCUUCCAACCCGCAAGCCAUCAGCUACGUCGAUAAAUCAGAUCUGUCUCACGUUUUACCGGCGUAUCCAGACGCAAAAGACGUGGAUCCGAGAUACACGUUUGGCGAUAAGUCAGAGGCCAGCGUUAUCGACUCGAGACUCAGCGGCUUCGCCGAUAAGGAAGGUUUAAUCGACUCGAGAAUUUUGUCCGACUCUCGACAAAAUAUGAUCGCUUUCACGGAGAAUAAAGAACACCCUGUUGGUCAAGAGCCACGGUACACCGAAUUUUCUCCGAGAACUACGGAACAAAGUGUGGUGGACUCGAGAUUGAGUGGCUUCAUCGAAAAGGAAGGUCUCUUGGAUUCCAGGCUCAGUGGGUACGGAGAGAAGAACGAAUCCUUACUGGACACACCUUUCGGUUACGACACUCGUUACAAUAGUUUAGCAGGGCAAACCGUGCCCAUCACCUUGAAGAAUCAGAACACCUCUGUCUCGGCUAUUCAGUCCCAAUAUAUCUACCAAAAUUUCGGGACGAUACACUCAGGAAUUUUAAGGGUAUCCGAACCAGGGACAAGUUCGAGUUCGAACUCGAGUCAGAGAAGUAUGACGCUACAGAACCCGAAGAGGAAAUCACAGAUUGCCCAGAACACGUUCAGUACCAUGGAGUGUGAAAAGAGGAAACGAGCUCCAGGCUUAGCCGGUAAGGCAGGAUUUUACACUGGAAGCGCCGUAUGA